CCGUCAGUUUGAGCACUUGCAUUUCCGUCUCCCACUGGACCACUCUGCGACUCCGUAGUUCCUUCCUCCUGCGCACACGCGGAUCAGGCUGCUGCUGCGACUCGCGCAUGACAGCUAUGAUUACGCUUUCACUCGACGUUCGGCGUAUGUUAGGGAGCGGUUAAUCGUUAGCGGCUUAUAGUUAGGGGCUCAUCCUGACCGUCUACUUGGUUCCUUAUAUUUAUACAGCUAGCAGGUCUGGUAAGGGGCUUUCUGCGAUGUCCGACCUCCAUAGAGGCGUCCGCGCUAUAGAGAAGGAGAGGCAAGGAGCCUCGAAAGCGCCAUCAAACCAUGCCCUGAAGCAGCAGAUAUUCUCGUUAGUAGCUUUUGAGAAUUCCCUAAAGCGGCAGCUGACCUCGUUCGUUUCUGAGACGGCGGCAGUAGCGGCUCACGUGGGGAGGUCUACGCGUUCCACGCAACUGGACGAGGCGUGCAAGGCCAUGGAGAGCAGGAGCACGCUCAUGGCAACCACAGAAGAGUCGAUUCAGAAGAUGCCAGCUGUCCUCAGCUCAUUGGAGGCCUAUCUGGACGAAUCCAUUGUGUGUGCGUCUGAUCUGCUUCACGUGGCUCCCUUCCCGUCCCAACCACCUCAAGCGCCUUGCGCCUCUCAACCUCCCCAGCAAUCUCAGCCAUCCCACGCACCUCUAGCUCAUCGAAGUUCAGCACCUUAUCAGUCACCCCUUCCUCCCCAACUACAGUAACCACCUCAAAUCCUGCAAGCCCCACACUUGCGGUAUCACGCUAACCACAGAAACAACAGUAUGCAGGGCAAGCAAUUCAAUCCUCACAGGAUUGUCUAUGAUACCCGACCACAUCAGCCACACCAAUCGGAGCGAUCAACCCUGGCUCCUCCAUUAUCCACCUGCACCCUCUUUGCUGGUUGCAUUGCGUCCCCAUUCACACCAAUGGAAUGUAACAGUUUGUAUAUAUGUAUUAUGUAUAUAAUCUUUUUGAGUAAGGACAAG